AUGUCCGGCUACGACCGAGCUCUCUCAGUAUUCAGUCCCGAUGGACACGUUUUCCAGGUCGAGUAUGCCAUGGAGGCUGUCAAGCGCGGUACCUGUGCCGUCGGUGUGAAAGGCGAUGACAUCGUCGUCCUCGGCUGCGAGAAGCGCUCCGCGCUCAAACUUCAAGAUACCCGCAUUACCCCCUCUAAAAUCGCCAUGGUUGAUGACCACGUCUGCCUCGCCUUCGCCGGCCUGAACGCCGAUGCUCGCAUCCUGAUCGAUAAGGCCCGGUUAGAGGCUCAAUCCCACCGCCUCACGGUCGAAGACCCCGUCACCAUCGAAUAUAUCACCAAAUACAUCGCCAGUGUGCAGCAGAGAUAUACCCAGAGUGGUGGUGUCCGUCCGUUUGGUAUUAGUACGCUUGUCGUUGGCUUCGACAAGAACGAUGGAACCCCCCCGUCUCUACCAGACCGAACCGUCUGGAAUCUACUCUGCCUGCCAGCCAGCCCGUCCUUCAAACUCAGCCGUGAAAUCCGGAUUCUAAUUCAAUAUCUUUCAUCACGCAGGAAAGCCAACGCCAUUGGCCGAUCUAGCAAAACCGUUCGCGAGUUCCUCGAGCGCAACCACCAGGAAGGCAUGGACCGCGAGCAGACAAUCCAGCUGACCAUCAAGUCAUUGCUGGAGGUUGUGCAGACCGGCGCAAAGAACAUCGAGGUGGCCAUCAUGGCCCCCGGAAACCGGGUCGAGAUGCUGCCGGAUGACCAGAUCGAGGCGUACGUUAAGAACAUCGAGACGGAGAAGCAGGAGGAAGCUGCCAAGAAGAAGACUAGCCGAACGGCUACCACCACAGCGGCUAUUCUGACCCGGCCCGGUGGUGAGUAG